AUUAUUUCGGUGUCUUGUGAACUAAGUUUUACUUCGGCUCUGUUUGUGUUGUUUGCUUACAAUUCAUUCUUUGCUAAAAAUUUAAAUAACUGCAAACAAAAGAAACAUUUUUCAAGAGAGCGAUCAAGCGUGACAUUGAAAUACUCGCCGUUGACCAAAAAAUACAAUAUGCAUUCAAAGCUUCAACAUCGCCCGCCCGUAGUCAGUAAAAACUCGUGGGCAACUGGACGAUAAACUGUGAAUCAAUCCAUCCCGGAAACAGCUGGAUUUUACACUGGAGACUGCGAAAGCAGUUGGCACCGUUUCAUAGAAAUUCUACCGAGGGUAAAUUAUUUUGAAGGUAAUCCAAGAUUCGCCAUUCUAUCUUUCUAUCUAUUUGCAAACUAAAACCGCAAUGGCUGGGUUUGUUCAAGGUCUAAAAAGUCUUUUUAACAUGAGGAAAGUUGUUGAAGAUUGAUCUGAAAUGAUGUUUUGCAGCCUUUGUAUAUUCGUUUUAUGGUCUGAAUAUUUAAGUUUAGACAGUGGAAACAAGUUGUCAACUUUGUGCAAACUAACUUUAGCAAUAAGAUACCGCACCACUACUUAGAAACCCUGAAGAUCGCGUCUUUUAAAUUUAGCGGGGUUCCGUUGGUUAUUAAACGCUUCGAUGAUCGAUUUUAGCUAGAAACGUAUUAACCAAAUUAAACAGUCCAUUGAACUCUUUCAAUUAUAACGAUCAUUUCCCGGAGUAAACCGUUACCAUCAUUUGGUUCAUUGCUUCUAGAAGAAUCUCACACAAUAUGAAAUUUUGAAGGAUAGUUAAUCAGCAAUAUAAAGUACCUUGCAAAACGGUCUGUUUUUAUUAACAAAAUGUCCGCAUCAAGUCGAAUUGAUUGCUUCAAGUUAAAGUGGCGAGAAACAAGUUGCAAACCUUCUUUAUAAACAAUUUUAUUUUCAUUCACGAAUCUGUAAAUAACUGAUACUCUUUCACAAUAUUUUGAAUUCUUUAAUAACGCGAACAAAGACUUAAAAGCGUCGAAAAAAAAAACCUAAAUGAUAAUUGCGUAAGGAGAAAAUGUACACCUGGUUGAUGAAUGACUAAAGAAUCCAAAAAUUUGACUUUUUUGCCCUAGAAAACCGCUCCUAAUUCAUUGGGAUUGUUAAGAAGAGCUAAUUAAGAUAACGUUUACAAUAUCAUCAUCAUUAGCUGAACAAUUUGUUGCAACCUAAACUUGCUAGAAUGUCUUUAGCCGUCUAAGUGUCUACAGAUCAGCCCUGGUCGUUUAAAAAGCCCUUUCAUUCAAGAAAGAACGAUGUUCUAACAUUUUAGUGUCUGUGGUGUGACCAUUUGAAUGAAACCUCUCCAGCAAUACUUUCACCUGAUUUGUUUUUCUGCAUCUAAUUUAAGAAAUGAAAUUUUGAUUUCUUUGUCUGUUUUAGGACUCUCGGACCACCCCUAUAAGAGUAAACUAUUUUUAGAAUUUUCCAACUCCGCCAUUUUCAUUAUCAAAUUUUCUAAAAAAGCAAGCAGAGGAUAAAAUUUUUUAAUAAAUAUAUAUAUUUCCGGCGCCAGGCAGUUGGUUUCAUGCUUAUUAUAUUGUAAAUAGACCACAGAUUGCUAUAUGAUUUUCGAGAAUAUUCAGAUCGAGACAACAGUCUUUCUCUCUCUCUCUCUCUCUCUCUCUGAAAAAGUUGAGUGUAUAAACGGCCCUUCAGUUAAGCAGGGGUAAACCGUUCAGAAUUUUGGGUCGACACAUUUGUUUCACAAGAAAGCUGGCACAGUUGAUCAACGGUAAUUUUCCGUGCAUGAGCAAGAGGCCGCUAUAGCGGUAUUCAGUUAAGCCGAUACAAAAUCCUACUGUUUCUAAUCUUAGUCAAACUUCGAGAGAGUUGUUUUUAAGCCAACAGCUGGCUAAGGAUAUCCGCCGGCUCUGUUCGGACGAAAAAACAGUCUAUCUUUCUAAUAUUCGAAGUUUUUGGUUUACCUACUCAAUGCACGAGUGGGUGGAACCUGUAUAACUAUCUAGACAACUAGAUCGCUCGUGCUCGUUUCUUGUUGAAUGUAUAGAAAGCAUUUUUGUUCAGUACAUCAACUAAACCCUGAGUUAUUUGUGAUCAUUUAAACGAACGCUUUCGAGGCUAUACACUAAUGUUUAGUCUUUGUUUGCUGUUUAUUUUGAUCACUUCAAGGUGGCCUACCUUCAAAGUCUGUGGGCUACAGCUGAACUGAAAUUCGAGCAUUGAAAUAAAAGCCUCCUUCGAAAUUGGCGGUUACCGUUGUUUCACUAACGUUUCAAAUAAGGUUUCAAGUGUGUAUGCCAACCAAUACAAGUGAAAAGAAGUCCUUUUCCAUGUUGUUAACGUCUCAGGUGUUGUUUACAACUCUUGAGAACGUAAACUACCUUCCUGUGUGAUUUACUUACUUUCACUACUUUUCAAACUAAAGUUUCAAUACAUUUGUUUCAGAAGCCGGCUAUGUUUUAAUUUGGUGUUGUAAAAGACGUUCUAAGUUAUCUGAAGACCGGGGCCUCUGCUAUACAGCGAGAAGGAUUUCUACGGAGGGCUUCAUGUACAAAAAGUUAAUUCUUUGAUGGUGUCUGGGUUUAACUGGAUAAGCUACCUUAACGAAUGUCUAGAAAGUGAGCCGUUAGACAGCUCGGCUCCAUUGCAAAAUAUAACCUUUUUUCUAAGCUGAUUGCUAGAGAAUCAGCUUCACCAUAUCAUAUUAUUCAGUGGCAAAACCAAAAGUUAUUAAAACAUCCAAGACUCGCAAGCAACCUGUUGAUCAGAUUCUUCUAAUGUUUUAUUUUAUCACUGAAAAAAAACAGAGGCCUGUUUGUAAGCUUAAUUGCACUCAGUUGAGAUUAAUGCUUUCUGUCAUCGAUUAUUGCUUUGCCAAUUAAUCAGCGGUAAACUAAAAGUUAUUCAAACGUCCAAGCCUCGCAAAAAAACCGCUGUUAUUAAUGGAUUCUUCCAACGUUUUAUUUUAUCAUUGAAGAAAACAGAGCCUUGUUUACAAGCUUACACUUUAGAUUUACGUUUUCAGUCAUCGAUCAUUUACAUUAAAAACCUAAAACAUCUUUAAACUCAAAUUUAUGAUUCUCUGAAUCUCUCGGCUCAGUAGCUAAACGACCCUUGUCACAGAUGGCUGAGAGUAAUUAGAUUUUGCCAUUUUGGACUUUCUCCGGCUUUUCGCAUCAAGAGCAGCACUUCACGAGUGCCAGCUGUACCAAGCAUAUGCGCCGGAAAGUUUAAUUGACUUGAUUUCAAAAGUGGUCCAUUUAGCAAGCCAAUUUUCUUAUUUCCUGAAACAAAGAUUCUUCUUUUGGAAAAAAGAUAAAAGAUUACGGAGUGUUUCUUUAGCAUCCGAUGGAUUUACUACGCGGAAACGACUCAUAGCUAUUUGAGGAAACUACAACACGUAAUUAUUUUUCAUAAUAACUUAAUUCAACAUAAACUAGAAAAUUCUUUUUCACUCAAUCCCUCUCUCUCCCUCUCUCUUUCUAAAUGUUUCCUGAUAUUUUGAUAACUGUUGGCAUCUGAGAAACAUAACCUAAGAAUCAAAACUUAACUACCUACCUCUUAUUAUCAUUGUUGCUUUAAUAAUCAAAAGUCAUGAAUUUGCUUGUUCAUUUUAAGCAAUCUCGCACGUGACAGAUACAACAACAACAUUCAUUCCCUUCAGGGUUAAGAUGUUCAAAGUAUCAAGAGACACAUAUGGAAUAUAAUUUCAGACCCAACUAUGCAAAUAGCCGCUUGUAAACCAUUAAUUUUUAAUUAUUCUGUCAGAGACUUGCCGGUUUGCUUGGUUUCUGUCAUCCACUGACAUGACAGGAGCAGUGUUAGUACUGACCCAGCAAGGGAAUCGCCUUUUUAAUCAAUCCAACUGGUCCCGCAAGAACCGAAUUUCAAGAGCUAGCUUCUCUUUCUCCAUGGCUAACUUUUCUUUUUCUAAGGCCAAUUUUUCUUUUUCCAAAAUAAGUUUUUCUUUCUUGAGUUUGUCCACCUCAGCUCGCACGUUCGACAGAGAUUCGUCUUGGCUGCCGUAAUCCGAAAGCUUCCUCUUCUUAAUCACGUGCGCAAGAGACGAAGGUAACAUUCGUUUCUGCUGUGGUGACAGGGAACGAAACGACCUCACUCCAGUCACUUGGGAACUGGUGAGGUUUGCACUGCGUAUACUGCUCGGUAACUGUCUCGGUGUAGGAACUGCGCUCACAGUGGCGUUUGAUUUUGUAGAAACAAUAGAACUAUUGCUUGGCACCGUCUCAUCAGCCGCGCCAGUUGGAGUAUGAUCUUCUGUGGUCGAAGCGCUAGCGGUGGUCAGAGAAAGAUCUGACUUUUUGUUCAUACUUUGCUCACACUCGUGAUUUUGGUCCGUAUUUAUAUCAGGCGAGACCAUGACCGACGGUUUUAUAUCCUCUGGACGAGUAACUACCACAUGAAUGACCUGCUGAGGGCUGUUCUCUUGGUGAUGGUUGUUUUCGCUGUCUUCUUCUUUCAGUUGUUCCAAAGCUUGCUCUCCUUGGUGAUCUUCAGCAAAACAACUACCGUCGAACGAAGUCAUUAAGGUCCCACAAUUUGUCGCAGAAAUUCUUAAAAUUUCUACGAUCCUUUGACUGACCGGAGAGAGUUUUCUUUGCGAAACAGACUCGCUACCGUCAGGAGAAGUCAUCGUUGUUUCUAACAAUUCUUUCUUUGCUGCUCUUACCAUGUUUUUCCACUUCCUCUUCAGAUCGUUAGCAGUUCGUAAAACCACCGGAUUUUUGCUGUUGUAAUCGUUGCAAAUGCGCUUCCACACUUCCACCUUUUGUUUGUUGGUGGACGCAUCGUUCAGUUUUGAAGUGAGAACGACAGCGUUCCGCUCAAACUGGGAGAUGAGGUACAAACUCUCCCCCUCUGUGAAGUUUGGCUUUCGCUUAUUAGCGACAAGGAGCAGGUCCAAAGAAUCGUUGCGGCCUUCACUGGCGUAAUUCUCCAUUCAGUGCACUACCUGAAACUAGCAAUGCAAGAGUGAAGAAAACCGCUCGGAUUCACACAGCAGCGCGCGUCUGUUGUGAAAACUUGUGAGACUUGAAGCGUAUCUGAACGAAGAUCGUGACAAAGUCAACGUCCAGGCCGAAUGUACUAAAUCACGGUUUGGAGAGAGGUGACCUUUGCUGAUAUUGGCACUAAGUCAAAGACCCAACUUAGCCUUACCAAUACUCAUGCUUCAGCUGAUACCGGUGUCUUAAAUUUAAAUAGAAAUGGACACCAAGCCGUGCACAACUGCACGUAUUAUGUUAAUCCAUGACGUCAGAUGGUGAUUACGCAUAUUUUAAAUCUUAAAGCCGCAGGUUCAAAGACCGGUUUGAAAAAGAUCAAGGCCCGAUUUGUUUUGUCGCCUGUCGAAAAACCGGCUUCUUUGUUUUGUUCCCAGAGGAACAGUUAACUUGAAUACUAAGCAACAUCAAGUUUGAACCAGACCUUGUUGGAGAAACUGAAGAAGUCGACGCUAACGUGCCGGAAUAUUCAUUACCAGAAAUUCGAUUCUCGACGACGACCGUAUUUUCCUUAAGAGUCUUAAAAAAUAUUUUACAAAUAAAGUUGAGGUGGAAUCAUGAGUGUGGGAUAUUUGUGUAAUCUGGAUAAAUAAGCACUAAUCUCAUAAAAUCCGGUUGCCUAAUCAGGCCUGUGGGGUCCAAUCAACGAGAACGCUCGAGGUUAUUUGAAGGUGUGCUGUAAGUCAUGCCUAUCAGUUUUAAUCAUCCACAAAACUGUUUUGAAAGACAUUCCUGGAUAGAUUUUAAACAGAGGCUACACUAUACAAGAAAACACCUGGAUUAAUUUUCGAUAAAUUACAUUUGAUUACACUUCGUUUUUCAAGCACAUCACAGAUUCGGUUUUGGCAGCCAAUUUCCGAUGUAUUUUGUUUUCGAUUUGUUAGUACCAUUCCAGUGAUGUUUUAGAUGACACAAAUCAAGAGUGCCAUUUGGAACUAAGUUCAAAGUCGACAGUUGAAAAGCUAAAACCCCCGUUUCUUGUUUUCAUUUCACUCAGCAAAGGGCAUGCUGUGCCAAUUUUGUUUUCGUCCACGUCCGACUUAGCCCGAUUUCUCUUUAAACAGCUGUAAGGGGCCUUUAUGUUAACAUGUGAUUCGUCUUAGGACGGCUUCAAAACCUGCGUCGCUAUGUAAUGGCAAUUGUAGCGAAACUGCGAUUUGGCGUUCUCUUUUUAAAUGCGAGACCAAAUUAAUUCUAAACGUUACAUAGCAAUUACUACUACAAGUUUAAAACUGUUCGUUACAAAACUCCGCCGUACUUUGAUCCUACUCGGCAUAAACUGCCCAAUAGUAAUCCUCACAACGCCCUGAUAUAGCAAUGCAAAGAAUCAAAAGUUUUUUUUUAAAAAAAAAACAAAACAAAUUAAGUGCGCUUCGGCUAGCCAGAUCAUCAUGGGCAGAUCACUGACAUAUCCAUGGAAGUCGUCCAUCACGAGCGGCACAUGAGCCUCGUAGUGCUUUUUUUUUUCUUUCUUCUUUGUCUUUUACAACUGAAACCCCUUGUUUAUCCUCAGUCCAUGUGUACAAAAUUAGGAUAUCAUUUCAUAGUUAGUCGGUCCAGAGUGUUCUAUGAUCGAAAACAUGUUCGUGUCAGAUUGUGUCACGGAACUGACUCGGAUUAUCGAUAUCUGUUUUAAUAACUCCCAGAAAAACUAAGUGCGAAUUUGAAAAGCGUUUAUAAAAAACUUGAGUUCCAGUUUUGCCGCAAAUACGGCUUUAAACAUGUACCCCAAAAUGAAAGGGAAAGAUGCUACACUUUGGGGCAGCUCUUUGUCCGCGACCAGAGUUUUGUAACUAGAAGCUAUUCAAAGGGCUGAUUAUGUUUAUUAAGAUUUCUUAACUUUAUACGCAGUAAAUCCGAUGUUUUGGUCUCUUUUUUGACGAACGUGUAUUGCGGAAGUUUUGUGGACGACCUUUUAUAAGUAUGGAUUUUGGUGCUUAUUCAGGUCGCUACAUAACCUUGGCGUGUACUUAGACCGCUAUGAUUUAUCUCCGGUUUAUGGUCUACGAAAACUGACAGCUUUAAUUGUCAUGGCAACAGAAAGCUCAAGGCUAUGGAGAACUUUUGCGUCGAUGCGAAAACCAUGCCAGAUAGGGCUUCUGUUGUCAGGGGCACCCAACGACAAUUUUCGUAAAAUAUCUGUUCGGAAGACGAUUUGAGAUCUAGAAUUUUCGGAGCAUUUGUUGUUAAAUUUCUUGCUUGCCCGCCUCUCCUAUGAUUUUCGAACCCCACAAAAAUGGUAUAAUUGCCCAUUUUUAACGGAUUUUUACCCUAAAAAUGUCACCUAGAUUUUUCGGGAGCCUUUUUUCUGUAGGAAAUCCGAACAGAUAAAAAAUUUUUAGGGGAUAAAAAUAUGGCUAUAUCUACCGUUUAAAUACUAAAAUACGUUCCACAAUGCUAUGUUUAAGUGGUUUUGAACUAUAUUCUCGUUGGGUGCCCCUGUGUUGUCACACUGACAAGAGCGGUGAUUUCCACGCGAUUUCUGCAACAGAGCGAGCAGCGCCGGUAUAGCGAACAGGGGCACCCAAAGAUGGUUUCCUGUAAAAUAUCUGUUCGGAGAAGCAAAUAUUGCCUAGAAUUUUCUAUUGCUUGAGGACGGCUAAAUAUUUCUAAAUGAUCGUUCCAUUCAUGUACAAUUUUCGAGGCUUAUUCAAUAAAUUCCGUACGAUUUUCUGAAGUUUAAUUUCCACAUUUCACUACCCAGGUUAGGCUAUUUUUCUUACAAAAAAGGAAACCAAAAAUUUUCGAAUCGAAAAUGUGAUGGAGAGAGACAUCAGAAAAAAUCCUCACUUUCGUAUAACGUUCAGUGAAUUGCAGUUUCGGGAAAAUAAUACUGAAGCCCUUGUUAUUUCGAAGACUCAAGUUCCCCCAGGAUGACCGAACAGAUACAACUUUUAUAGCGCCGCUUAGAGUGCAUUUCUAGAGAUCCAAAAGAACUCUGGAUAGCCUAAAAAGUGUUUUUAAUUUAUUUAGGAGGAAAUCGUUGUUGGGUGCCCCUGUAUGAACAUAGCCUCAAAAAAGAAAAAACUGGACGGCAAAACAACAACAACAACCGAACGGCGACCGCUUAGAAAAUUCGACCUGUUUCAAACUUUAUCGCGCUAAUUCCAUCUCCUUUGAUUCGUCUUGGCAAGCUUUUCUGGAUUUCAAUUUUAAAAGACUGUAUCGAAGUUUAGUGAAAGGAAAAGAAAAUCGUUUUCGUUUGUUCACGUCCUCCACAAAACGUGAAAUUAGGCACUUUCACGAAGUAUGGUGCUCGUGCAGUAACGGCAACCAAAAUGUUAGAAAAAAAAAGAAAAGAAAAAAAAGCGUGCUGCAUCGGCAAAGAUGCUGUUGCUUAUAACUAAAUCCAUUCCUCUUUUGACGUUCUCGUUGCCCUCGCCUUCUUUGUUACUAAAGCUUCUUUCCGUUUUGCUUCAAACCGGCUACUUGCAAUUACCCUGCCUGAUUGGACUUAUACUUUUUCUCAUUCAACAUAGGCUGAUACAUUCAUACGGCUCGACCGGUUAAAAAUUAGGGGCACCCGACGACUGCUUUUUGUAAAAUAUCUGUUCGGAGAAGCAAAUAUUGCCUAGAAUUUUCUAUCACUUGAGAGCGGCUAAAUAUGUCUGGAUGACCGUUCCAUUCAGAUGUAAAACUUUCUAAGCUUAUAAUUAUCUAAUAAAUUCCCUACGAUUUUCUGAAGUUUAAUCUUUCACAUUUCACACCCCAGGUUACGCUAUUUUUCGUAGGAAAAGGAAUCCUAAAAUUUUAGGAUUCAAAAAUGCGAUGGACGAAGGAAUCAAAAGAAUGUUCACUUUCGUAAUGCGCUAAAUUGCAUCUAAAAUUUUCGGGCAAAUAUUCAGUGAAGCCCUUAUAAUUUCGAAAAGGCUCAGGUUCCCCUAGGGUGACCGAACAGAUACAAAUUUUAUAUCCCCGCUAAGAAUGAACUUCUAGAGGUGUAAAAGUACUCUGGGUAACCUAAAAAGUGUUUUCAAUGUGUUUUGGAGGAAACCAUCGUUGGAUGACCCUGAAAAAUUUGAGCUUAUAGGUGCUCUGUCCUCACUGUACGAAAACUUAGCCCCUUAGACCGCCAAAGUUCCGUGUGAACAAAGCCAACUUAAACAUUGAACGGUCCCGCGCGUGUGAACGAAGUGUUCGGUCAAAUUAUUCAGCGGGACAGCGACAAUUCGUUCGGAGCCGUAUGAACUUACCCUUUGACUCCUUUCUUAUUGCUCACAGUUUUUAUACGAAAUUUUUGUCUUAAAAGAACUCUGCAAUGGAUCAAGGACAAAAAUGCACGAUGGGUGAAAGAUAAAAAAACAGCGUUUCAGGCUCUUUUAUGAAGACGAAAUAUGCUAAGCUGCUUUGGGCUUCGUCUUAUUUUGUCGAGCCAGUAUUUUCGUUUAGCCUGGGAGCGUUAAGUUACGUCUGUGAUGCGAUAAAGGCGGAAUAGGGAUUUUUCUCGAAAAUUAAGUUUUACAAAACGACAGACGGAUCAGUCAAUCUUAUGCAGUUCUAGUUUGGGUCAGCCUCGUUUCCGGUCCAAAAAGAAAGAAGUGGAAACGGAAGUCUUUAUAAAUCAUGGGACAUUUUGUCACGUGAAUCACUUGAGGUCGUGUGAUUCGUCUAACUUUUGAAGAAAUCCUCCGCCAGGUCUCUGUAAUAAGCGUUUCUGAGCACUUGUAGAGGAAACCUUUCGUUUAGAAUUUGAUCAUGUGUUAAUUGGUAUGUUUUCCUAAAAUUUGUUUUCUUUUCAUUUCUUUAUUGUAGUCCGAAUGCAGUGACCGUACCCUUUAGUGGAGCUGUCAAGUUGACUUACCUUAUUUGGUUGUGAAAAUGUCACUCUCAUGCGUCAUCCAAUCGCUACAAGUCUGAGGAGAUGCCCAGAAUACCGAGCGGGCAUCGUCAUGACAGUAAUACCGAGGACUCUUUCCUAGGUCUAACAGGAGGCCUUCUUAUCCUACUGGUGACAUCAAGCGUACUUUUCCUGGGGGCUCUUUGUAAAUAUCUCCGAAAGUUAUGUCGCAAGCUAAAGGGGAAGGAGCUCUGGAAGAGAGGGUCAAAGAAACGGCAGUCGAAACGUGGAGAGAAGUCUAAAAGGAGCUCAAGUAUUAGACGCAGCAGUUCCAGGGCAUCGAGAACCAAGGAAGGAUUGAUUGUAUCGCCGGAAUUUUCUAUCCCAUCAUCUCGCAGCACUGUGACGCAACAACCUGCACCUGAUCUAUCACAAGGAAGAACCGGAAGGUCCAAUGAGGAAAAACGCCUAUCGUAAGUAAUGUUUCAUUAAUCUUAAUUAAUAUAUGGUUGAAUCCAUGAGCAGGCAAGAUGAAGCGACUGCUGCGUUCUCAUUGGCUACCCGAGCUAGCAAGACGGGUCUAUUUCGCCGGCUCGGGAUUUCCCGCGUAGGUCCAGCAAGAAAAUGUUCUCUUUUUGGCCAUUAAUAAAUCCUUUAUUGACCAAGCUUGUUAGGUCAAGAUGGCAGUAUCAGCAUUGUUCUUUUUGGCGUUUUCAUAGACCUCGGCUUCAUAUCAGUCGAUAAAAUCCCAAGAAAGAACUUGGCCAAAACCCAGCCAUCUUGACCUCACUUUUCAUACAUUUACCUAUCUUUAAUUGCCACAAACCAGUCAGCGAAACCUAGAGACCUGACACUGGUACUUUUGACCUUCCAAUCACGUUUAGUUUUCUUUUUUCCUAUCUUGAACUUCAAAUGCGCUCAUAGACUGAGCGGAGCUUCCAUUUUCGCGGGCAAAAGUGUUCUAUUAAAAAUGUAUCUUAAAAUAGACCGGCCGAUGAAAACACUAAGGGAAAAGCCCUGGGGACGAGGUUGGAAAACGCCGUGGCGCAGAAUGCAGAGUUAGAUGGGCUCCUGCCUCCCUCUUGUAUUAAGAGACGUAAAUAAUUAUACAUCAUUUUCUUGACCCAGCAACAAAUCCAAAACCACUCCAGUUUGCUUCCAUGCAUUUUCUCGCGCUUGAAGGGGGCUAAAAGAAUUUGCGUCGAGUUCUGAUUGGUUCUUGAUUUUCUUUGUCCGUUAUGAUUGGCCAAAGAAAUCAUCUCCGUGUUGGUGUUUUCUGCACUCAAAGUGCGCCAUCGAGAUUUAUUUGGCUUAGCAGUAAAAACUGUUUACUUUCUUUCUUUCUAGGAUAAUGUCACUUUACUUAAACGAAGAAAUGGGUGAACUUAAUCCCGAACUGUACGAUCAUACGGAAAGAGCAGUGCGCAUUGGUAAAGAUAAAAAUCUUGGACAACUGAAUUUAAAGAUCAGAUACAACGACAAGAAUAGAAACCUCUCGGUCACGCUGGUCAGCGGUAAGGACUUUCCUCCCCGGGAUUACUCCGGCAGUAUUGACACGUGCGUGACCGUUUGCGUUCUUCCUCACCGCGAGAGGCGGAAACAGAGUGCAAUUCACAGGAGGUCCAUGAGCCCUCCAUACAAUGAGAAUUUUGUUUUUAAUAUUCAAGUGGGUGAAGAUGCGCAUUCACAUAGUCUUCUGUUGGUUACGUACUUUUACGAUAACCUGUCUCAUAGUCACGUGUUAGGUGAGAGUCAGGUACCACUGAUCUACUGUGACUUCUCUGGGUCGACUAAUAUCUGGUGUUACUUAGAAGAAUCGUCCGACUCGGUAAGUGAUCGACACUGCAGGAAAGAAGGAGCUUAAAAGCCCGGGGGGGGGGGGGGGGCCCCCCCAAAGAAAAGGGGGGGGGGGCGCGGGGGGGGAUUUUAAAUUAAACGGGGGCCCCAGGGGCCCUGGAUAAACCCCUUAAUUUACCCCCAAAAGAAAACCAGUUAAAAAACAAGAACCACUGUUAUUUUUAUAUUUUUUUUGGGGGGGGGGGGGGGGGGGGGGGGGGGUCUCCGCAUAUGAAAGGGGUGGGGAUGCUCGUGGGAAAUUUUGAAUUAAACCAGGAGCCCAUGGGCUCCUGAUUAAACCUCUAAUUUGACCCCUAAAAGAGACCAUGUUAAAACACAGACAAUAUGUAUAUUUUUAUAUUUUUUCGCGUGCAACCCUAAACGAGACCUUCACUGCUAAAUAUGAUGGCGUUUUGCCCAGAACACCCUAAGAGAGACCAAAAUCCGAAAUUUCUACCCCCUAAGCGAGACGACGAGCAUCCCCACCCCUUUCAUAUGGGGGUCCCCCCGGGCAUAAAAGUCGUUUUUGAGCCACACAUGUCAACCGGAAGUGAAGCCUUUUUCCCUUUAAUGUGCCUUGACGUAGCCAAAUUUGUACCGCAUUUGUACUGUUCAGUGGCUUUACUCCUAUUAAGGCGAUUUUCCUGAAAAGUUGGGGCAAAACCACCGCCCAAUAAUGCAAAAAGUUCAUUUUCGGUUUACGUUCGUCGUUCAAAAACGUCUUUGCUGAGCUACCUAUCGCCUUUACCACUCGGUUUUCAUAUGGCCUCAUUUGGUAUGAACCCCUUCAAUUGCGCCUUUGCGAGAUGAUCUCGGGUGGUAGAGGUCAAUUUAAUAAGUCGGGUUUUCAGGCAGUUUUUUCUGGAGGUCCAGGGUUCAAGCCUCGCCAGUCGCGUUGUUUCUUUAGACAAGGAACUUUACUUCACUUUAAAUGGGUAUCUGCGACAUUCUGCUGGGGGUAACUCUGCGAUGGCCUGGCAUUCAGUCUAGGUGGGAGUAGCAAUAGUCUCCGGCAUGCUUUAUGCUAAGGAAACCGGGAUACGCUCCGGCCGUUUGGGCCUUUGGCUCGCGUUCACCUUUACCUCUCCUUUAAUUGUAUCUUUGCCAUGGUCUCAGAGCGGGAGAGCCGGUCGGUCGAUGUAAGAAGUCGGGUUUUCAAGCGGUUCUAGGGCCUUUUACAUAACACGGAACGUCAGAACUAACUACCAUCAUUUGACGUUGAAAUACAGAAUUUGGCUGGCUAGGCUUAACGUCAGACUUUAGCGUUAACGACCGAAGUGAAGAUUUAUCCCCCGGGGGUACUACUUAUAAACCAAAAACUAUCUAUCAUUCAUGGCUUUAUCUAUUCAUUCUUCACGUGACUCAGUUCGUAAAGCCAGGGAGUCGCAUUUGAUAGAUAAGGCCAUGACUCUUGAACCUCAUGGCCUAAACCGCCGUGAAUUAUUGUAAUCCAUAUCCUUAGUAUUUUUCCUUUUCAGUUUUUGUGAUGUACGUCAUUUCCGCCUCUCCCUUUUAAACAAUUUUUAUUGCGACAUUCUCCAUCUAUAUAAUAUUGUUAUUGCUACAUAAGUUCGGUAACAUGUGUAAACCUGAAGAAGGCUGGUAUGGCCAGCUGAAAUAUCAUUUAUAAGAAAACAAUACACGUUGUUAUGAAUCAGCUUUGCAGAAGUCUUUGGACUUCUCAUUCUUUAUAUUUUGGCUGAUUAGAUCUCUUUUCUAGAGAUCCAACGUUUACAACUAGCAGGAUCUCUGUCCACGGUUUUUGCAGUUAAUUUACUCCUUAUAACGCGGCCUAUAUACAUGUAUACAGGGAGGUUCCUCCCGUAAGGGGUACCGUUUUUAGGCUUCAGGUAUAUGAAAGGGUAGGGAUUUCAUUAUAUAGUGGAAGUAUAUAGAGUGGUUUUCGUUUGAGUGUCGUAAAACCAAAACCAAAGUAAUUACUCUGGCCAAUCACAUAGGACACAGACAAUACAUUGAACCAAUCAAAACUCGAAGUAAUUACAUGUGGCUGACGCAAAGCGCGGGAAAAUGCAUGCGAGCGCGUCACAAUUGGCUUUGGUUUUACUUCUCAUUGGAUGAAAAGGUGGCGCGAAUCUUUUAAGCCAAUCGCAUCGUGUAGAAAGUGCAAAACCAAUUACUUUUCGACACUCAAAUGAAAACCGCUCUAAAAGGGGAGAGAAAUCUGUUAUUUCGGUCUUUAGGGAGACCUAAAAGGGUUAAAAGAAGUAUUUUAUGGCUUUGAAACAAAAUCAAGAAAAUUUCCUGAUUUGUAAAUCUCAUAUUUUAAAGACAGCGCAUUUUCAGCAGUUAAAAGAGAUGCAUAGUUCUAAACUAAGUAUGUGAAAGGGGUACCUUUUGUGAGUGGAAGGUAUACAAAAGGGGCACCUUUUCUUUCAAAAAUAGUAUAUAAGAGGGUAAGGGCUUGGACAUCGGAGCGGAGCUUCCACGUGUAAAGCUUUUAUUGGAGUAUGCCCCCAAGGGAUUAAUCUAACUUGCUCUAAGUCUACAGAGUAAUAAAUAUCAAAUAUGGCGGCAUGAACCACCAUUGAAACUGUCUAUUGACAAAUCAAGAGAGGAUUUUCAAUCUCUUUGUAAAAAGAAACCAGAAACAUCUGUAAGGACAUGAAUCGAAAAAGUAGAUAAGUGUAAAGGAAGUUUCACUAGCAAAAGUGUAUUAUUAUGCUUAUAUCCAAACUUAACCAUGGCGAACCCCCCGGGGGGGGGGAAACCUCGUUCAGAAGGUCCCAUCUCUUCCUUACUCGACUAGAAGCUGGGAACGAGGUUGGCUGAACCUUAAGGAUGAAUCACUCAAUAAAUUUUGGAGUCUGGAUUUAGCUGUUUGCAGCUGUGUUUAAAGAUCACUCAGCGUUAUCAAAUUUUUUAAAGGCGUUCUUCUCCUUUUUGCAGGGCACUUCAAUUGUGGGAGCGUUGCAAAGUUUUGCCAACGCAGAAUGUGGAGAACUGCUUUUAUCUCUGUGUUACGUUACUAAGGACCAGACCCUCACGGUGGCCAUUAUGAAGGGGAUGAAUUUGACUGCGGGACUACUAUCUUGCGUUGGUUAGUUUGCCUGUCCGUUUUAAUAUUUUUGCACUCGCCUCGGCAGUUUGAUACACAGUUUUGACUGUACAGAGGUCCAACGGUUAUGCCAUGCUUAUGACCCCUAAUAAGAGCGAGACAACUGUCCAUUGCUGCCACUGCCAGGCAGGGCGAUAUCACUUUGCGCGUGCGUGAGGUACUUGCCAGGCACGGUGAGUUGGUGUUUGGAGUGCGUCACUUUUUCUAAAGUUUGGUCAUGAUAUAAAAAUGCCCAAUCGACUGUUUUGUGUUGCGCAUUCCCUCUCUCGAUUUGCUACGACUUUGAUUUUGCCUCUGUUUUUAUGCUCCUGUAAGCGGACCCCCGAAAUGAAAUCUCGUUCUACUCUGAAUCUUGUAUUGUGAUCAAUCAACUUGAAAUCGCUAUUGGUUACAAUGAAUUUAUACCAGUUUCAGUGUCUGUUUGCUGGUUUGUUUGUUUGUUUUUUUUUUCACAUACACACCCGGUUACACUGCAAAAUACCACUUUAAUUUUAUUCACGUGCUUAAAAAUUACAAUGUCGUCAGAACUAAAGCAAAGCCAAACACUAACCACCAACUUUUUUUUACAUUCCAAAUGUCUGUUUGGAGCUUGGUAAAUUAACGUAAGGCGCCAUUUAACCCUUACACCUCUCGUGGCCGUAUGCGAGAACCAUUCGAUUUUAUACGAGUUCAUGGAAGGGAAGCCGUUGCUGGGAAAAAGAUAAUUCAGGGUGUCUGAGGGGAUUUGGUGUCUGAAGGGGUGAAUUUUGCCGUUAGGUCACACCCAUUUUCCUACCUUCUACCAACCUCCCCCCCUCCCCACUGAAGAUCUGAUUUUUGCCCUAUGACCACACCAAACUGGCCAGUAAUUUCUGGACAUACCUUUGCUGGGAGACUUCCCAGUAAGUCAGGUUGCCGGUUGUAGGUGCACCUUGCUGUCUGGGAACUCUUCCAUCAGUCUUGCUGGGAGUGAGAAACAGAUGAAUUUUUCCCAGCAAUCUCUAAAGUGCUUAAAAUGGCUUCAGAAAGCUUUAUUCAUGCUUUCUUGUUGUCUUUAGGUCUUUUUCUCAAAAUUUCCCUUUGGGUGCCCCUGAGACUGGACCGAAUUUUUUACAAAUUUAUAAUGCACUAAGUAAGACGCUGUUCUUCCUUCCGCAGAAAAAGUUUACACAAAAGCAACACUACACCAUGAUGGCCAAAAGCUUCUGAAAAGAAAAACUGGUUUGCAGGAAGUCGGUGACACUUACACAGUUUUCAACGAAGCUUUGUUAUUCCGUGUGCCCGAGGAUAAGCUGCCGUUCUGCACGUUGAAAAUCUCCGUAAACCACUACAACGUGGUCGGAAAGAGCGCUACCGUUGGUGAAGUCAUUUUCAGCGCGGAGUCGACUGGACUCGAGGAAGCACACUGGGAUACCGUGACGUCAAAACACGACAGAGCAGUUUCUAUGUGGCAUACAUUAAGGGGCUUCAAAUUUAUUGAGACAUUGAAGGAUGAUAGACAGCCGCUGUCUCCAAAUUAAAGAGUGGAUCGUAGUAAAACAGGCCAAUAGUCCCAAUAGACCUCUUUAGCAUGUAUGUUUUGUUUUCCCAAUUGCUGGUUUUCAGUGUCACGCCAUUCAAAAUAGAUCAAAAUAAAAAUCAAAACCGUUCAAUAGAUAAAGUCCGGAAUCUGGAAAAUGAAAGGAGGUAAAUAUACCAAGUUCCUCGCCACGAUUCCUGAAGAAAUGCGUUACGCAAAUUUACAGAGAUUUGUAUGGAGACGCCAUGCUGGUGCCCACCUGGAUGGGUUCCAACAUGGCGGACGGAAACCAACAAAAACAUCUAUUACCGAGUUUUGCUACAAAAGCGUGAAUUUAUUUCUCGAGGAACUCAUAAGCAUUAAAGUAAUACUUUUUCUAAUCCAUGAGCUGCUUAGAUAGUUAAAUUCCCCGAAAUACGUCACUUUUUUAACCUACAUGACUUCCCUCUCGGCCGUCAUGUGAAUGCCACGUCACGCAAAAGCUUAGAAAUUCAAGCGUACUCUAUCACAAAACCAAGAACCCUUUUGAAGCGAAAAUUUGUAUGGAAAUUAGCUUUCCGGCUGCUCUAAUACAUCAUGAAAGUAAAAUCCCAGUAGGAUCGAUAGUUUUGUAGUUGGAAUUUUAGUGACGUCAUGUGAAAACCAACAAUAGAGGUCCCACGGGAACUUAAUCUUUUGUCUUUUUAUAAAUUAUUCGUUCAUAUGUGCGUGAAUAGGACGAAAUUUGAAGGAAACAGUUCUCAACAGUAUUAUCACAUGACUUGUAUUGGGAAAAAAAAAACAUACACGCAAAAGAGUUCUAUUGGGAUCCAACUUCCGGAUGCCGAUUCGAACCUGAACAAACUUCCCUUCCCUUUGAUUUUACUCUCAAUAUUUUGAACCUCCACGUGACGUCACGGCGGCCAUGUUGGUGGUCAAGUACUCAAGAACAAAAGCUUUCUCUUCAAGAAAAAAAUUAUAUUGUCUAGACCACCAACAUGGCCGCCUUGUUAUGUGGUCAAACCAAGAAUUGCCUAGAAGAAUCAAAAAAUCGUUAUUCCACCGUAUCAAAAUUCAUGCUUAGCUUUGAGGCCAAAGGGAUUAAACAAAAGAAACUUCGUCGAGGCACAGGGAUUAAUUAUUCAUUUUUUUUACUAUUCGUCAAAGCCUCAAAGCUGAGCAUACUCCUUCGGAGAUUCUCUCCCAGCAAUCACGUCGCAUACGCCACUUGCACAUCUCCCAUAAUGCAACUUAUUUCCCCUUCCUCCCCCACCCCC